AUGACCAGUCAUUCCGAGGAGAAUCUGACGGACUCUUCAUCGACGUCGUUGUCGACGACUCCCAACACUAGUGUUGUGUCCGAUUCGUCUUCACUGCCGAAACCAAAGUCGAGAAUUUGGAGAAAAUUCAUUAAAAAUGAUAAUAAAUAUGAUUUGACAUCAAAUGAUAGUACAACUGACGUGAAUAGCGAUGAAUGCAAAGCGAGUCUCCACUCGUGUCCGCCAACACUUCCAACACUUCCCAAAGGCUGGACCCGAAAGCACAACGAAAACACGAAAGAACUCUAUUUUAUUAAUAAUAAAACCAAUGAAAAGUCUCACGUCCAGAGGGACUCCUUUCGGGACAGUCUUACCGAUAGUCCGGUGUCUCCGCUGUUCUGUGACUCCGGAGAACUGUUUUCGUGGGAAGAGAUCGAAAAGGUUGACCACAUUUCGAUCGCUGCACAAAACGCUUGGUUUUGCAAACUCGACGAAAACGGAAGACUUUACUUCUUCGAGGAGAACGGACACGAGUCCUAUUGGGAACUCCCAGAUCUCAACACCAACGAUGACUUCGACGUA